GUUUGGAGCGAGGUUUCAGUAGACCUGGGACAGGGUUUUGAGCACUAGAAUCGUUGGCUAUGGUGACACUUGAGGAGGAAGCCGAAAGAGGAAGUUCAUGUGAAGUGUAACUUUUUUAACUUUAUUCUCAAAAACCGAAUAUACAAAACACAGUACCUCGAUUUAUAGACUUUUGAGUUCGUACAUAACUAUAUCCCGUAAAUGGGGGAGAUUUCCCUCUUUACAAACAACAAGGUUUUAGUUUCAUAUUAUUUCUCAGCCCAUAACCUGGAUUCCUUAAGUUGAGUUGGCUAAUUUCCUGUGAUCUUUAUUGAUCAUCACCACCCUUACCUGCGCAUAUUUUUUCCUCAAAAAUCCUCGUAACCAAAACCAUACCUACAGUAUCGUGGGCUUCUGAUCCAGUUACAUUUACGAACAAUACAGGCAUCCGCAAUAGUUCUAACGUACUAGAACAGGAUACUUAGUUGCACGUUGUGUCUUUUGAACCAUAUCCUUUAAUCCUUAGUAUCUCAAAUAUUCAAUGCACGGUAUAUUUCCGACAUGGAUAUACAAAAUUCAAAUGUAGCCAUGCACUGCCUGUAGUACUUAGCAUAUAAGUCCCGUAAGAUUCACCAUGUGGUUUGGGAUUUCGUGACGCAUUCGUCUGAGGACAUGUACCUGAUUAUUCAUAAGAAAUUCUUAUUCUAAGUAAUGAACCUGUUACAAAAUUCCAUCUCUAAUUCAUAUGUUCACAUUUAAAACUGAGAUUAAAUUUACUUUUUUACCUUUCCUUCUAUGAACCAAUUCUCUCUCCCUAUAUCAUGUCCUUAUAUGCAGUCUUUUUCCAGUCUACCAUUAAAGUAACUGCUUCUAUGGAUUUAAUGUUCAUCUUGUACUAAUGAGGUAUGCGAAUUCGGGCCGAUGCAUAUAUGUGCUUGGUCCUACGUUUUAGAUAACUGACUGAAUUAAAAGAGCAUUCCAUUCUAGAAUGAGGUUACUGAAAGUGUAUUUCUAAAGUCUGUUUACGAUUUGUUAGAAAAACGACCUGUAUAAAACUAGCGGAUAUUAACAAACUUUUCAAACUACUGAUACUCAAAAUUUGUCAGAACAUGGGCACGAUUAAUAAAGAAUCUGUGUCCAUUGACUAUUCGGAUCUUGUUAAGGUCUUCACUUCUUAUGGGUGUUUUUGCACGCGUAAACUCAGUCGCAUUCUCUGAAGACAUACCACUAAAUGAAACAGCUUGGGCUGCUAGUGGCUAUGCUCCCUUACAUGUGGAGGAAGCUUAUGUAAUGGUGUCAAAUAACUGUUUUAUAGCUGCUGGGAUCUACGUCGUCCUGCUAAUUUUUUCAGGUGUUCAAUACUAUUUCAAUAAACGAGCUAACUACUUAGCGCAUUAAAGCCAACUAUUCCAUUUACAUAUGCAUAAUAUUUACCAUUUUUGUAAAAUUCUUUCUAAAUUAGAGUGAUUGGUCUACGAAGCUUAGCCGACAAGUGGAGCCCUUAACAUGUAAUUCUUAACCAAUAAACUGUGUCAAAUUGUACUGAUUAUGUAGAUUGCUAUCGUACUCGUUAAUUGUUUGAAAGAUUACUUACGAU